UUGUACUCGACUUUCAAUGAAUCAUAUUAAUAUGAGUCAAUUUUACUUAUAAGAAAAAGCUUACUACAUCUUUGUAAACUUCAAUAAAAAAAAAAAUGACUCCCGCAAUUAUUACAAUUUUACUUACAUCAUUGAUUGUCCAUUGAGUUAUGAAUAGCUUGCCCGAAAUGAAUUUGUUGAAUAUGUAUUAAAAGUUUCAUAUGUAUAUGAGUGAUAGCUUGCUCAAGUAACAUACCAAUAAAAGAAAAGUCGAAGUUCGACUUUGAUAUAAGCGCGUACAUCCUCUUAUCGGAAAGUUAGUCGAUCGCAUUGACAAAUAUGUCGAAGAGAGUAGCAAAUUAUAAGAGUUUAUUGUGUGAAUUUACGUUUGAAGAAUAUGUUAAAUUGAAAAAUAGUUAUAAAAUGAUAAUUUUCUUAUUGUAUAUUACAUUAUUGUGUAUUAUAGUAUUUUAAAAAUUUAACAUCUCUGUAUUAAACUUUAAGGCAUAUUCCAGGAUGGAAUCCAUGACGCAUACGAUAGAAAGUGUGACAAUUCCCAUGCAUCGGGAUAUUUUGAGUGGUUUAAGGAAUGCAUGAGUAAAUGUUACCGCAGAAUUGUAGGAUAUCAGAUUUUGCGUGUGCAUGAAUGUAACGAUACGUGUAUACCUUGCGUGAAGUGUGUGCAAGCUCUUCCAUGUAUAAAUACACUUCUGGCAGCAGGAAAGUCUCAGUUGGAUGCCUCUUGAUACGACUACAUAUCAGUGGUUCGUGUAAUUUGGCUAGAGAAGACACAUCUCAAACGUGUUCACCAAGUAUCGCGCCGUAAAAUUUGAAUUUAUGAACGUGAUCUUCAGUGAGAUUCAAAUUGAAUCUUUCAAUUUGCCCAAACUGUGCGUGUAAAGAUAAUCAUAGUGAUACAACAUACAUUAUUCAAUAAGAAUUAUAGUAUAAAUUAACAGAUACGAGGCAUGAGAAAUAGAUCAUUGAAGACUUUCCUAUUGGAGUUAAUGAUACUCAUCCUAUUGGCUUUGGACAACAUGGUGCGAUCAACGGCGAUAAAUAGCAAUAGGAUUACUUUAUCUGAAGCAGUGAAAACGUCCAGCAUGUUUGUUUGUAAAAAACCACAAUUUCGAGCGUACCAUCUAAGAGACUUGAUGCAAAACUUGCAUCAGGAUCCUGGGGAGAGUACCAUUCAGCCUGUUUAUAUUGUCGUAAAGCGAUGUGACGGACACUCCGGAUGCUGCAUGAAUUCAGAUAUGAGUUGUCUACCUGUACAAUCAGCGAUCUAUUAUGAAGAGAUUGAAAUUGAGGUAAUGAGUUACGAAACUAGUAACAGGACUAAUAACAGACGACAAUGGAUCAGCGUGGAACAGCAUGGUCAAUGUUCCUGUGAAAUGACCAGAAUCAGUGAUCGGUAUCGACUAGAGCAUCAACAGCCUAACGUGACUUUAAUUUCAAAUUAGUUGAUCAGAUAGACUAAAGGGAGACAUUUCAAAAUAAGUGACUUUUGCAUAACAAAUUGUAAAUAUAACACACAGUAUUGAUUUAUAGAAAAAAUUGUUAAUGAAUCAAAAUAUGUAAUUAAGAAUGUUAAAGUUUUUAUUUUGCUUGAGUUAGUUUACUUUAAUUUACCGGUUUAGUUCGGAAACGUUUAGUGUAAGCGUGCACAGAAACUUGGCAUAAAGCCCAACGACGUGAUGAUUGUCUCUCCAACAUCAAAUUAUCAUAGAAUAGUUGAUGGACACCUGUUUUACAAGAAAUAUAUAUGUGUAUGUAUAUUAUUAGUUCUGCUACGCAACGAAUUUAUACAACUUCUCAAGAAGUGAAAAAAUUUGACAAUCUAUUCAUAUUUAUAGCAAACUUCUACUUUCCCAUUAUCAGAAAUAUCAUGGAUUUAAUUAAGAAAAGUAGGCGUUCUGUAACAAUUAAAAAGUAAAUGAUGAAGUUAAUUUUCACAAUCUAGAUUCUUAUAUUAACAUUAAAGCUUUUCAUUAUUUUUUCAAACCACAAACGAAAAACAAAAAAAGAAGUAAUUAUGUAUUUAUGUAGAAGUAAUUAAUUAUUUAUGUAACUAGUCAUAUUUCGUGCACUAUCUUACAAUUAUUUUUAACAACAUUAAAAAGAAAUAAAGGGGACCAAAGUGUAUUAUUAUUUUAGAAAUCACUCUGACUCUUUUAGAAGAGGGAUUUAAUAUUCAUUAUUGUGAUAUUGUCAUAUUUAUACAGUAGUAACAUCGAAAUCAUAGUACUGAUAGAUUUCGUCUUAAUUGUAUUGUAAAACAUGUAAAACUGAUAUUUAUUAAUCAAUUAUAUCUCCAGUAUUUAUACAUAUUUGCCAUAUUUUUUUAAUUCACUCGUAUGUGUAAGUUUUUGCAAACAAUACAAGAUAUUUGAAUACUGAAGAAGUAUUAAUUAAUAAUGUUAUUUUAAAAUACGACUAAACUACACAAGAGACUGAGGUAUAAAAUAUAUUGUAUUAUUACGCAUCUUCUGUGUGUGGAACGUAAUAAAUACCUUUUAUUUAUUCUAAUAGUAAAUUUCAUAAUAAAUGUCAAAUUGUAUUU